GGGCUCGUGCGCCGUCUCCCGUGCAGGGCCUGCGCAACGUCCUCGGUGGACUGAUCCUCGCUAAUACGAUUGUAUCUCAUCUCCACUUGUAUUUAGCUAGCUAGCUAGCUUGGUUAACGCUACAGUGUACAACGGAGUUCGGGGAAUCGUUACUAACUAUCGGAGGGUGAACUGGCUUGUUACGUCUGUUGCUGCUGUCGGUGGAUACUCCUACUGUCUUGCAUCUGAAGAGGUCAAUGCAAUACAAAACACAAUAAACAGAGACUGCUAUAUUUUAAAAUGUCGGCGUUUUCCGAGGCCGCUUUAGAAAAGAAACUCUCGGAGCUCAGCAAUUCGCAGCAAAGCGUUCAGACACUGUCGUUAUGGCUAAUCCACCACAGAAAACACUCGAAAACCAUCGUUACGGUUUGGUACAACGAGCUGAAAAAAGCCAAGGUGGCGCGCAAGCUGACCUUCCUGUACCUGGCCAAUGAUGUCAUCCAGAACAGCAAGAGAAAAGGGCCGGAGUUCACAGAUGACUUUGCGCCUGUCAUUGUAGAUGCUUUCAAACACGUGUCCAGUGAGUGUGAAGGGGACUGCAAGAAACAGCUGGGUCGGGUUCUGACCAUCUGGCAGGAGAGGGCAGUGUAUGAAAAUGAGCUGCUGGACAAGCUGGCACAGGUCCUGCACGGUGAGAAGAAGCCUAAGAAGCGGCCCUAUGAAGAGAUCCAGCUGGACCACGGCGACUUCCCCUGUCAGAGUUCACCAGAGGAGCCCCCACAGACGUCGGAGCUGAUCCGGGCCCUGCAGGAGCUGGAGAACGCAGCGUCUGGAGACGCCACAGUGCGGCAGCGCAUCUCCUCCCUGCCCCCCGAGGUCCUGGACACCUCGCUGCUGACCCGCAUCACCGACAAGGAGUCUGGGGAGCGGCUGUCACGGCUAGUGGAGGAGGCGUGUCUGCUGCUGGCGGACUACAGCGGCCGAUUGGCUGCGGAGAUUGACGACCGAAGACAGCUGACACGCACGCUCGCCUCGUUCCUGCAGAGCCAGCGCGACGGCCUAGCUGAGAAAGAGCAGAAGCUGGAAGAGUACAAGCACAAGCUGGCGCGGGUGUCGCAGGUGCGGAAGGAGCUCCGCUCUCGUUUGAGCAGCCUGCCGGACCUCUCCCUGCUGCCCAGCGUGACCGGCGGCCGCCUGAACCUGCCCUCCUCCGGGGACCAGUACACCUCCGACUGACAGGUCUCCGUGCGUCACCGCCCAGCGUCAAACUCCCACCGAGCUCCUUUCAUGGAGGGCCGGGUCGGAAGUGAAGUCCACUGCAGGAAUGGGGACUUCAUCUCCCACCACCAGCCGAGAGAAAACAUUGCCUGUUGAACUCACCCCCUCUCUCUGAUUGGCUCUCCCUAACCAUGCAGUCUUUAUCUUGUCCCUGUUCUUUCUCUGCCCAUCACGUUCUAUCCUUCCUUUGUCUUUGACAUGACCCACAACUCCGCAGCAUCCAUUACACCCCCCAGUUCCUCCUUGCAUUUGAAUCUAAAGUGGAGUAGAAACAUUAGAAGAAAAAUACAUUAAAAAUGUACUAUUUAAGUCAGUGCAGUGCCGCAUACAUUCAAUAUUCAGUUGCAGUAUUUUAUUAUAAAUGUUGCUUUAGAAUUACUGUGAUCUGAUUCAUCACUGUAUGUAUAUGUGUGUUAUCCAGAUAUUAUAUAAUUGGGUAAUUCCUUCACCCCUCGAGUAUCACUGAAUACAAGCAACUUUAUUUUUACCUCGAAUUGGAACAUUUUGAAUGGGUUGAAAAUGUUUUAUCCACAAGGCCUUUGUGUAUUAAAGAUGAAGGUGAAAUUUUAGACAGCACUGACUCCUUUUUCCACUGCAGUUGAUGGCGGGGGGAAACAACCUUCCACUGGAAAAUACUGACCUACAUUGCAAAAAUUAUUUAUAUUAUGUAAACCUUAACCAAGUUGUUUGUUAUUAGUCAAUUGAAAGUUAAACUGAUGAAUACAUGUAGCAAUUGACCAAAAUAGUCCAUACAUUAAUCAAGCUUUAUUAUUUUUGUAAAAAAUAAAAAAAAAAAGUAAAUAUACAGCUGGUCAUAACCAGUUUUUUUACGGAAACUAGUGAAUAAAAAAAAGUAUUGAACUCAUAGUUGGUAGCCCAUGGUGUUCACCUAAUGGUUUCAGCUUUUUUUCCUGCAAGUUUGUAUUAAAGCAUAAAUGUUUGUGUGGACUCACUGUAUUAAUUUACACUCUACUUAUAAACUCUCACCACUGUUGUACAGUAGCCAGUCUUGCUAUGUUCUGUUACACUUAACAAACUCAUAGUCUUUGGGACAUGCUAAUUUGUGGCAUUCAUUUGCAAACUGUUAUUUCAAAAUGUAAUGUGUGGAUUUAUCAGAAAAAAUAGAGCUAUUCUGGAA